AAUUAAUAUAUGGGGAAAAAGAGAAUUGUAGAAGAAAUUUAAAAUGAAGAGCCAGAAGAAGUCUAAGAGGUGAAAGCAAAAGCAGAAAAUAAAAAAUAAAAAAAAAUUGUUAAAAAUUAGAAUAAAAUAACUAAAGAUGUUGAUUUCAUUUCAUUUUUAAAAGAGGAUAUUAGAUUUUUAAUUUAACAUAGAAAUUAAGAAAAUGAAUAAAAGUAACAAAAGGCUGAAGAAGUUUAUUCUAAAAUUGAAGGUAUUUUAUAUUAAAUUGCCUAAACAAAAAUUGGGGGUAGAACAAUUUAAUUAGUAAUUAAAUGUGCAGAUCAAAAUAUAAGAAAAUAAAUAUUUUAAAAAUUAUUGAAUGAUAAACAAUUUGGAGAAUUAUUAUAAUCAAAAUAUGGUCAUUAUAUUGGAAUUACAAUGGUUAGAAAUAUGCUUCCUGAAUUCAGAAAUUAAUUUUAUGAGAUUCUAUUAAAAAAUGCUAAUCAUUAUGUAGCUUAAGGAGAUGCAAGUAUUGUUUUAGAUAGAUUCUUAACAAGAGAAGCUACUACUCAAUAAGUUAAUAAGGUUAGAGCACUUUUUUAAAAUCAUAAUGAAAAAAUUGAUAAUUUAGCAAUGAAAAUUAUAGAAAAAGGAAUACAUAAUCAUUUAUUAAGUUUAUAAAUUUUAAAAGUGGCAUUACCUAAACUAGUUCCUGAAGAGAGAUAGAAAGUCAUUGAAUAUUUUUAAUAAUUAGAAAACCUUGAUUAUCUUAGACACAAAGAUGGUGUUUCAGUAUUAAUUACAACUAUUUUUAGAUUUUUUGUGCUAUUUUAAAUGUAACAGAUAAAAAAGAGAGGAAAAACUUUUUAAAAAACAUAUAAACCUACAUGUAGUAAUCAUAGGAACACUUACAUAGAAAUUCUUAAUUUUAUUUAGCUUUGUAAAAAGUGAUUUUUACAUAUGAUGAUACUAAAUAAGUUAAUAAAUCAAUUUUAUAAGAAAUAUUACCAGAAUGGUUGAAUUCUGUUCAUGUCUUUAAAAUAAUUCAAUCUAUUUAUUAGCCAAAACUUAGAGAUGAUUUAAAAUUUGAUAAUAUUGGUUUAUAAAAUACAGUUAGUUUGAAAGAUGAUGAAAUUAGAGUAAAAGAACUUUAAGAUUAUUGUUUUGAAUCUAUUUUAAAUUCUUUAUAAUAAAGUGAAACAAGCAUUUUAGUUGAAAGUAAUAUAAAUUAAUUUAUUUGUUACUUUAUUUAAUACAUUAUUAAGUAUUCUUAAGUUUAAGGAUUGGAUUUUAUUAAAACUUAGACAAAAUAAUUACUUUAUUUUAAAGUUGAUACUAUUUUUAGCAGAGAAUUAGAACAAAAUGGAAAUUAUUGGAUAUUGACAUAACCAGAAGCACAAAGAAUUGCUAAAUGUCUUAUUUAAUAAUAAUAGAUAGCUGUAAUUAUAGAGUCAAUAAAAUUAGUAAGAUGAAUUCAAAGAAGUAAUUGAGAAUUAUUGUUAAAAAGUACAGAGCCUUUUGAUUCAGAAUUUAAAGGUGACUUUGAUUAGUAAAGCUAUAUAUUUAUUGUUGGCUUUAAUUGAAAAUACAAAUUUAAAAGAAUAAGUUCUUUAGGAAGUAAAGAAAAAUAGAAAAUGGAUAGAUAAGUUGGAGAAAACUUAGUCUCUCCAAAUAUUGUAUAAAUAUAUAUGA